GGCCAAAGCCGCGCGACCCGAUCACCCCUCGCGAAGCCGUGAGAGACCCAGUCGGCCCGCAUGGCCCGGAGCGCUGCCCGCCGCGUCCUUGCCCUCGGAGCUGCCGUUGCCCUGGCGCUGCAGCUGGCGCCGGUGGCCUUCGUGCCAGCGCCGCAGCCCACCGGCGCCAGCGCGCUCGUGGCAGGUGCCGCGGCAGGCUACCUGACCGCGCUGCCCGCCGCACUGGCGCGCAUCCCGGGCGGCAAGUUCGAGAAGGCCAAGGACAUCACGAUGCCGGCCCCGCCCGAGGACGGCCUGACCGAUGCGCAGGUCGCCCUGUCGUUGUUCGUGGCGCUCCUCCUGAUGUUCGCCAACAUCAAGGUC